UAAUGAUAUAUACUGCCUGAACAAGGGCUAACCUGAUCCACUUGGCCUUGAAGAACAGACCAUCAGUUUAACAACACUGUUACUUGCAUCAUGGCAUCUGACAUCAUCACUGAAAUAGCGGAAGCACCGAGGGCUCAUCUGAUUUAUAUGAACGAAGAUGAAGAUGACAGGGAUCUCCAAACACUUAGAAAAGCGCUGGUACAACAAAAGAUUAGAUAUACGGAUCAAAGCCACGUGUCUUCUGGUGGCCUGGAGUUGUCAGGCAAUGAGCGCUUGAUGGAAUCUGCUAUUUGGGUUGUCAUAUUUUACUCUGACAACUUAACAGAAUCUGCUUAUGGGCGUCUAUUGGAAGAUGUGUCCUUGCAUCAUACAGCAGGAAUGAGGAAUAUCAUAUUUAUUGUACCAGCAUUUGGUUCGGCCAGUUUUCCAGCACGGCUACGGGGGUUUUCAGUUAUUGACAUCGGGACUGAUGAUGACUGGGUCUGUGACUUUGUAACACAGGUUGAAGAGGAGCCAUUAGCUAACAACGAAGACAUUGAGAAGAAACGGAUCAUAGCUUCCAUUCAGAGAAUUUCAGCAAAUAAUAGAUUUCUGAAUGUCAUGUUCAAAUGUGAUUCUAUCAAGAAACAUGGUAGCCAGAAACCAUGUUUGUGUAUCGUGUCUGCCUUUCUGGUACUGGAAUAUUACUGCUUAGUGUUCUGUCUUUUCUUUUGGAUCCAUCAGUGUUUGUUUGACAAUAAGUUAUUCAGUGACUUGUUUAUAAUUUAUGUUUUUGCAAUUGUAAUAAACAUAUUUGCACUGAGGCCUUUCAGGGCAGUAAAGCGAAUUGAUACUUUGAUUUUCAUAUCCUACAGCUUUUUAAUAAGGCUCGUGUUAAUGUGGUGGUUUCUUAUGCGUCUCUGGAACUCAGCUCCUGGCUAUUUGUUUAUUUGUGUUGGAAUGAGUGCAACAAUUUGUAUCCAUUACCCGUAUAUUCUGUACUGUGUAUUCGUAGAUGGUCUUUGGAUUACAAGUGUAGGUCCAAAUUACCGUCUCCUAGGGACACAAUUACAUUACAUCUUUGUUUGCUAUCUGUUUCUUUUUGACGGUUUCUUUAUAAUUGUGUUAUUGUAUGAAGCUCUAAAAUCUGUUGAAAUUUUUUUCAGUGUGUUGAUUAUAUUGAUAUUUUUCACGCAGUACGAUUAUUUCAUUUUGACAAGACGCAUACGUUCUGAAACUGUAUACUUGAGGAAAUGUUUUAAGCCCACUUUUAUAAUAGAUUUAAUGCUCACGGUGCCUGUUUUAUUAAAUAUGGGAUAUGUGCUACUAUAUCAUUUGUAUUUGUCCAACCAAUAGAGCAUCCCAACAUUACAAAUGGUGGAUGUCGACAGGUUUGCUCUAGUGUGGACGUCAGUUUUAAGGAAACGCAUCCCAAGUAGGAGUUUAUCAAACAGUAAGCACUGCUUCACGAUC